AACCUUUUCAAAAAGAGAAGAAAAAUCAGAUUUUUCCUCUACCCACCCCACGUACGGAGAAGUGUAAAGGGUAGUACUUACGGGUACGGGAUAUACAAAAACAAAUUCGAUCAGAAAUUGGAUUAGUAAGCAGAAUUUUCAUUACCGUCAAAGGCUUAAAGUUAAAAUCUCUAAAUAGGUGUCUGAAAAUGGAAGCUUCUGUCUUCCUACCUCUCAUCUCAGCGUAAACGGGUCGUCGCUUUGUUUUGUUUUUUUGACUUUCCAAUGUGAAGAGCGGUCUCUUUUCUCUGAAAUUACAAAGCUUUGAUCUUUACUUGUAUUAUAAAAGAAAAUAAAUUCCUUUCUUUCUCAAGCAAUUGAAUUUUGAGUUAAAGACUGCUUGCUGAUUAUUUCUCAUUUCUGGGUUUUUCUUUCUUAAUAACGGUUUCCUAUUGUUAGACCACAAUGCGUUCACCGUCACUGCUUGCACAAUGUUUGCCAGGCUUGGUACUCUAUGAUCGAGGAAGCCAAAGCAUGUCCCCUGUAUCUGAUAGAGAUGUCCAUCUCCCUUCACUGGCUGUGGAGAUUCUCCCAUCAAAGUUGAAUUUGCGUUCACAAUUAAGACAUUUUGUUAUUGUGCAGACAGCCCAUCCUUGUAAAUAUGCUGGGGACAAUGUAUAUUUGCAAGGGCUUGAUGUAUUCAAGGGAAGAGUUGGUGUUGCUGACAUUAUUGGUUUCACCACUACUGAAAUGUUAUCUUCAAAACCUGAUGGGUUUCUGAAAUCUUGGAACAGUUCUUUCGAUCUUGUUAACGUCCUUAAGCACGAGAUCCGUGAUGGGCAGUUGAGCUUUAGAGGGAAAAGGGUGCUUGAGUUGGGUUGUGGCUAUGGUGUUCCGGGGAUAUUUGCUUGUCUGAAGGGUGCUUGUACAGUGCACUUUCAAGACCUCAGUGCAGAAACUAUUCGAUGCACUACCAUUCCAAAUGUACUUGCAAACCUGGAGCAAGCUCGGGAAAGGCAAAGCCGACAGCCUGAGGGUCCUUUGACUCCAUCCAGACAAACUCUUUCCCCAACUGUGCGCUUCUAUGCUGGGGACUGGGAAGAACUCCCCACUGUAUUAUCUGUUGUUCGGAAUGACGUGUCCGAGGUGACUACAGGGAUGAGGUUGAGCUUCUCUGAGGAGGAUUUCAUGGAUGGGUGCAGUAGCCAAGAUGGUAGCAGCAUAACACAAGAAAUUUCCUCAAGGAGGUCAAGAAAGCUUUCAGGAAGCCGGGCAUGGGAAAGAGCUAGUGAGACAGAUCAGGGAGAAAGUGGCUAUGACAUUAUUUUGAUGACUGAAAUUCCAUACUCGGUUUCCUCUUUGAAGAAGUUAUAUGCACUAAUUAAGAAGUGCGUUAGGCCUCCAUACGGGGUUGUAUACUUGUCGACGAAGAAAAACUAUGUCGGCUUCAACAAUGCAGCCCGGCAUCUCAGAAGUCUGGUUGAUGAAGAAGGCAUUUUUGGAGCUCAUUUAAUUAAAGAGGUGACUGAUGUAGAUAUUUGGAAGUUCUUUCUCAAGUGAAGCAAUGUUCACAAGUAUGAAAAAUGGCUGCUCAACUGAUCACACACACACACAUAUAUAGUGUUCUAUUUUUCUGUAUCUUUUGGUGUUAUAUAUAUUUAUAUAUAAGAACAUUGUUUCAAUUCUUUUGGUAGCAAUACUGAAAUUGGGAUAUCAAACAAGAAUUCAGUGAAGCUUAAUUUUGCUACCAUGUGUCUUGUAUUCUUUUACCAGAUUUUGUUAUACAUAUAGUUCCAUUUUAAUGUACAUCAAAACAGUUGAAUUCAAAGUCUAAAA